AAUGGGCCCCAUGAGGCAAGCGUGACCCUCGCGUCCAGCCCUCCAGCCUGCCACCCGCCCGGCAGAGCCAGCGUCAUGGCCAGCGUCCUGGAGCAGGAGAGCGCGCUGGUGCGUGGCAAGCUCAGCGAGGCCGGCAGGAGGAACGGCUUGAUCAACACCCGGAGCUUCACGGCCGAGGGCAGGGACGGCCGGGCGUCCGUGUACCCCGCACACCAGUGCCAGGGCGGCCGGGGGGCGGACAGCGCAGCCCCGGCCGCCCUGCACGGCAGCAGGAACGAGCCACUCCAGCAGCUGCUGGACCCCAACACCCUCCAGCAGUCGGUGGAAUCCCACUACCGCCCCAACAUCAUCCUCUACUCCGAGGGUGUGCUGCGCUCCUGGGGGGACGGCGUGGCCGCCGACUGCUGUGAGACCACCUUCAUCGAGGACCGGUCGCCCCCCAAAGAGAGCCUGGAGUACCCCGACAGCAAGUUCAUUGACCUCUCGGCUGAAGACAUGAAAAUCCACACUCUGUCCUACGACGUGGAGGAGGAGGAGGAGUUCCAGGAGCUGGAGAGCGACUACUCCAGUGACACGGAGAGCGAGGACAACUUUCUCAUGAUGCCCCCGCGGGACCACCUGGGCCUCAGCGUCUUCUCCAUGCUCUGCUGUUUCUGGCCCCUGGGCAUCGCGGCCUUCUACCUGUCGCACGAGACCAACAAGGCAGUGGCCAAGGGGGACUUCCACCAGGCAAGCACCAGCUCCCGGCGGGCCCUGUUCCUGGCCGUGCUCUCCAUCACCAUCGGGACCGGCAUCUACGUGGGCGUGGCCGUGGCCCUCAUCGCCUACCUCUCCAAGAACAACCACCUGUGAGCCUCCCCGGGCGCCCGGAGGAGCCUGGCCAGCGGGCGCGGAGCCGGCAAGGGUGGACCCAGGCGGACAGCCUGUGGGUCUGUGCAGUGUCUGCCAUCACCAAGGACACUUGGAGCCCUGGGGCCUCUGCCCACGCAGCCCCCGUUUCCACCCUUCCAUGUCCUUCUCAGAGCCGUGUAGUGCUCGGACGGAGGGCACUGCCGACCCUCCCAAGCGGAAACCCCAAAGACCUGGACCACGAGGCAGCCUCCGGACGGAUUCUGGGGGAUCGGCGAGGGCGCGGCGGCCAGCGCCUGGAACGCCAUCUCGUUAGCAAUAUUCAGACUGGAAGGUGUGUUUAUUCCCACGGAAUGUGGUGCAGUAGGCAAGGGGCUGGGGGCAUGUGCUUGUCCGCCUGUGGCCCAGGCUGUUUCCCCUGGCAGCCCUAGCCCACGCACCCCAAGCGUGUCUCCCUCCACACUGUCCCCACCCUGGGAAUGCCGGGCCUCCUCCGGAACGUGUCCACACUCAGCAGCCCCCACGCAGCAAUAUGCAAUCCUGUGGCCUCGUAGGUCGGGGGCUGGGGGACAGGCCCGCCCCUCCCAGGGGGGGCCCAGGUUUACUCCAGGACCUCCAGGCAAAGGAGCCACGGACGCCCCUCAGCAUAAGGACACGGCCGCUUGAACCACCCGCCCUGACACCUUGGUGACAACAGUGGCACUGAUGGUCGCACACGGGACACGAACCUUCUCGGUCAACUAAGCCAACGGCUAUUUCCUUGUCCUUUUUUUAAGUGCAGCUGCUGCUUCUCCUGCUUAUGUUAUCAGACCAGCGCUGAGAAGGACGUGAUCACAGACAUUUUAAUACCAUUUCACUGCUGUUUCACGAGUGUUCCUUAUUUAACAAAUAUUAUCUUUUAGCUUCUUUGCUUACGGCUUUUCUUUCUGACCAGUAUCAGCCCCUGGGUCUCACGUUUCCCUUGUCGGUAAAGCAGGUGCAGAGCCCCCAGGACUCGGCGGCCAGAGCAGGCGUCGGGCGCCCGCAGGUGGGUGUCCCAGGGCUCCCAGCAGCCACGCGGAUGAGCAGCAUUAUCCUAACCCCUCGGGGGACGCAGAGGCCGCCUCCCUGUGGUGCCACCCAAGCACUUACA